CAGACCCCACUAGUGUAAUUUUACUGGGUCGUUGUUGUUGUUGUUUGAAUUGUUCUGUUCCCCUCAUGUUCUUGCAUCACAUCCUUAUUAUUUCCUCCUCUUUGAACAGCAUUUAUAUCCUUUGCCUUGAAUUUUCUUACCACUUCAGAUCUUGUCAAGUCUUGAACUGCAAAGAUGAAGUUUUUGCUUGGAGUACAAAACCCUGCAGAGAGACAAUUGCAAAAGGUUUGGAUGUAUAAAGAAUAUGGUCCUAAAGAAGUACUCAAACUAGAAGACUUCCCAAUUCCUUGUCCUCAACAUGAUCAACUACUUGUUCAAGUCAAAGCUGCAGCCUUGAAUCCUAUAGAUUUCAAGUUCCGCCAACGACCCAUUGUCCCUUUAGAUUUUCCUGUGAGUAUAUACUCCUACUUAUGAUCACAGGCACAAGAAUCAUUCCCUCCAUCCUUAAAAUAGCUUAGAGAGGACCAUCACUUGCAUGCGCCGCGACUCUUUUUCAUCCAAAAACUAUCUGCAUAAGAGCCUAUAGACGGAACCAGAAUUUAAACUUGAUAGGUUCUUUUUAUGUUCUUACCACUAAAUCCAUCGCACUUCUGAAAUUAUGUGUUCCAGAAUUUAAUAUUUAUUGAAAUUUAGUAAUUCUUCACCACAUUUAGGUAAGUUCCUUGGAAGAAAAGUUGGAUUCAGCUGAACUUAUGGAACGCAUAUUGUGUUCAACUCUGUUGACAACAUAUCAUAAUGAAUAUCAGGAUGUUUGUGCAGGUUGUGACAUGGCUGGUGUUGUGGUGGGAAAAGGAGAUUCUGUAUCAAGAUUUGAGAUAGGUGAUGAGGUUUAUGGGAACAUUCAAAAUUUCACCAAAGAUAAAAUAAAGCAGCCUGGGACAUUAACAGAGUUUAUAGUAGUUGAGGAGGAAUUAGUGGCAAGAAAGCCAAAAAAAGUUUCAUUUGAGGAAGCAGCAAGCUUGCCUGUGGCACUUCAAACAGCAAUUGAAGGUUUCAAAACAGCAGGUUUUAAGAAGGGGCAGAGUGUUUUUAUAGUUGGUGGUGCUGGUGGUGUUGGAUCCUUGGUUAUUCAACUGGCCAAGCAAUUGUAUGGGGCUUCUUUUGUUACAGCAACUACUAGUACUACCAAAGUGGAGUUUGUCAAAAGUUUGGGAGCUGACAAGGUUGUUGAUUAUACACAAACUAGAUAUGAAGACAUUAAGGAGAAAUAUGACCUUGUCUAUGACACAAUAGGUGACUCCAAGAAUUCCUAUGUGGUGGCCAAAGAAGAAGCACCAAUAAUUGACAUAACUUGGCCUCCUUCAAAUCCUAAUGCAAUGCAUUCAAGCUUGACAAUAAGUGGAGAAGUUCUUGAGAAGAUUGAACCAUAUCUAGAGAAUGGAAAGCUAAAGGCAACAAUUGAUCCUGCAAGUCCAUUUCACUUCUAUGAAGUUAUCGAGGCGUUUAGUUACUUAGAAACUGGAAGAGCCAGAGGAAAAGUAGUGAUCUCUCCAUUUCCCUCGAUACAUGAGGAUGAAUUCUUGUGAUAUAUGUCAGCAGUCUAUCUAGUAACCUCCCGUCCUCUCGUUUGUCUUGUAAAAGUAGUUUAGCGAAAAAAUGAGUUCCCAAGCAACUUCUUAAUGUAUUACUAUGUGGUGAAUAUAAUGAAGUAUUUCAAAGGUCAAUAAUGUGUAAAUUUCUUCUUU